AUGAUGAAAAGGCCGAGACAAAAUCCUAGCGCCUACCCCGACGUUCGAUCCCAAGCAGAGUCACGUCGAGAUGGAUCACCGCUUAAGAAAAAAGUACAGUUACAUGCACUCCAAAAAAAUGGGGCGGAUAUAGGGGUCUUAUUCAAGAAUAGAGACAACCCUCUUGAAGGAUCUCACCCGAAUGGAUUUGCUCCCUUGAAACAACCAACGAAUUAUGGAAAUGUUUCUCCUGCUGCAGCGUAUUCUCAAAAGAAUCUGCAUUUUCCCAAGGGAAGCAUUGAUUAUGAAAGAACUCCAAUUCAUUUUGGAAAGUAUCAAGAGCCUUUGUUUUUCUAUCCAUCAUUUUUUACAAAUGCAUCACCGGACAAUCCAUAA